CUUGCUUUCCCCCACAAAACAAAAACACAAAGUAUUUCAUUACAUAGCUACUCCUCUCUCAACUCUUCUUUGAGUUCUGAUUCUACAUUUGAUUCAAUUUCCAAAUUCCAAGCACACAAAAUGGCUUCCAUCAGAGCAGUUACCAUUCUCGCUUUCCUACUUGGUGUGUCCGUCAUUGUAUCAGAGGGCCGUGUAGCCAGGAUGAACUUGGGCCUCGACCUUGGCGGAGUGGGCCUUGGUGUUGGCACGGGAGUGGGCUUGGGCUUAGGUGGGAGUGGCUCCGGUUCCGGAUCUGGGUCUGGGUCCGGAUCUGGAUCUGGAUCCAGUUCUGCUUCCUCAUCACACUCCUCAAGCUCCAGCUCUGGCUCCGACGCAGGGUCCGAAGCUGGUUCGUACGCUGGCUCUUAUGCCGGGUCUCGGGCCGGAUCCGGUUCGGGAAGAAACAGAAACGGUGGAUCCGGUUCCGGGUCAGGUUCAGGAUAUGGUGCGGGUUCUGGGAGGGGAAGCGGUGAAGGAUAUGGAGAGGGCCAUGGGUACGGCGAGGGGCAUGGUUAUGGCAAUGGCGGCGAAAACUGAGAUCAAACACAAACUAUAAUAUUAAUGAUAAUGGAAUUAAUUAAGGAUGAUCAUCAUCUUUUUUCUUUUUUUCGUACAUAGAUGAAUAAAGGCUAUAGAUGAUGAAAUCCUUAAUUACAGUUCUGCUUUGUUCUUCUAGUCUAGUUUAUAUAUAGUAUGAAUUAUUGAAUAAAAUAUCGUUCCUCUUUAGUUUUAA